AGAACCUUUAAUCUUUCAUCGUACUUGACCAAUUCCUAAACUUUCUUGUAUUAUUGUUCAGUGCUUGGAUUUAAAUCUCAGUUCACUCAAUCACUGUCUGGGAAGCUGGGUUGGUGAAAGUUAAGGGUUCAUGGGUGAACAAUUCACCAUGAAUAUAACUUGGCUCCUGCUGUUGAUGGUUCUCUUUAAUGGGUGUGCCUCACAUGGAGCUACCAACACCUCUAGAAGACCAGAAAUUGUAAAUGUUGGGGCUAUGCUUGCUUACAAUUCCAUUGUUGGCAAAGUUGCCAAGCUGGCAUUAGAAGCUGCUGUUGCAGAUGUGAAUUCUGAUCCUUCAAUUCUAAAUGGAACCAAGAUGGUAGUUGGAAUGCAGAAUUCAAAUUUCAGUGGAUUUCUGGGCAUAAUUGAGGCUUUGCGAUUCAUGGAGAAGGACACAGUGGCCAUAAUUGGACCCCAUAAUGCUGUAACGGCUCAUGUAAUAUCUCACAUUGCAAAUGAGCUCCAAACUCCUCUACUGUCAUUUACAGUAACAGAUCCCACCCUGUCUUCACUUCAGUUCCCAUAUUUUGUUAGGACUACUCAGAACGAUUUGUUUCAGAUGGCUGCAAUAGCCGAUAUGAUUGAUUACUAUGGAUGGAAGGAGGUAAUUGCAAUCUAUGUUGAUGAUGAUUAUGGGAGAAAUGGGAUUGCAGCAUUAGGGGAUUUUCUUGCUGAGAAACGUUCUAAGAUCUCAUACAAAGCACCUCUGGUUCUAGAUCCUACUCGGGAUAACAUUACUGAUUUACUGGUUAAAGUGUCUUUAACUGAGUCUAGGAUUAUUGUUCUUCAUGUUUAUCCAGGUUGGGGCACUGAUGUGUUUAGUGUGGCUAAGUAUCUUGGCAUGAUGGGAACAGGGUUUGUUUGGAUAGCUACUCAUUGGCUAUCUACUUAUACAGAUACCACCAUUCCCCUCCCUAUGAGUACUAUGGAUAAUAUGCAAGGAGUUCUAACAUUGCGCAUGUACACGCCAGAUACAGAACCGAAAAGAAAAUUUGUUUCUAGGUGGAGCAACUUGACUAGUGGUAACCAGAUGGGGUUGAAUGCUUAUUGUCUCUAUGCUUAUGACACUGUAUGGUUGCUUGCUCGUGCACUAGAUGCCUUCUUUGAUCAAGGGGGAAACAUUUCAUUCUCAAAUGAUUCAAGGUUGACUCAGAUGCGCAAAGGGGAACUAAAUCUUGAUUCUCUGAGUAUAUUUGAUGGAGGGAGCUUGUUACUUCGCAACAUAUUUGGAGUUGAUAUGAAUGGCACAACUGGUGCAGUUAAGUAUACUCCAGGGAGGGACCUCAUUCAUCCUGCUUUUGAAAUCAUAAAUGUGAUUGGCACUGGGGUUAGGAGGAUUGGCUAUUGGUCCAACCAUUCUGGUUUAUCAGCUGAGCCUCCAGAAACAUUUUACACAUCCCCACCAAAUCGUUCUAGUUCAAACCAAAGCCUUUACACUGUGUUUUGGCCUGGAGAGACGACACAGAAGCCUCGUGGUUGGGUUUUUCCAAACAAUGGCAAGCAUUUGAGAAUUGCAGUCCCUAACCGUGCUAGUUUCCGUGAAUUUAUUUCAUAUACACAAAGCAAUGACAUGUACACUGGGUACUGCAUUGAUGUUUUCACUGCUGCAUUAAACUUGUUGCCCUAUGCUGUUCCCUUCAAGUUUUUUUCAAUUGGUGAUGGUAAAAGAAAUCCAAGGAUCACUGAACUUGUGCACACAAUCGAAACGGGUGAGUACGAUGCCGUAGUAGGUGAUAUUGCAAUUAUCACCAACAGAACCAGGAUGGCAGAUUUUACACAGCCAUAUAUCGAAUCUGGACUUGUAGUAGUUGCACCUGUUAAGACGACACUGAAUUCAAGUCCUUGGGCUUUUCUGAGGCCAUUCAAUAGAAUGAUGUGGCUUGUCACUGCUGCCUUCUUUCUCAUUGUUGGAACUGUUAUUUGGAUUUUGGAGCAUAGACUGAAUGAUGAAUUCCGGGGUCCUCCUAGAAAACAAGUCGUCACUCUCCUUUGGUUUAGCUUUUCAACUUGGUUCUUUGCCCAUAGAGAGAAUACAGUCAGCACCUUGGGUCGCCUAGUACUAAUUAUAUGGCUAUUUGUUGUCCUCAUCAUCAACUCGAGCUAUACUGCAAGUCUGACCUCAAUCAUUACAGUGCAAAAGCUUUCUUCCUCCAUCAAAGGCAUUGAAACUUUGCUUGAAAGUAAGGACCCUAUUGGUUUCCAACAGGGUUCAUUUGCCAAGUAUUAUCUCAUUGACGAACUCCACAUUGAGGAAUCCAGGCUUGUGCCACUCGUCAUGCCAGAAGAUUAUGAGAGAGCCUUAAAAGCUGGUCCACAUAAAGAAGGUGGUGUUGCCGCAGUGAUUGAUGAGCGUGCAUACAUGGAGCUGUUUCUUUCAAGCAGAUGCGAUUUCAGUAUUGUAGGUCAAGAAUUUACCAGAACCGGGUGGGGAUUUGCUUUUGCAAGGGACUCACCUCUAUCAGUGGACAUGUCGACUGCUCUGUUGAAGCUGUCGGAUAAUGGGGAUCUGCAGAGGAUCCAUGACAAAUGGCUUCUCAAAAGUCCUUGUACUUCAAAAGGAGCAAACUUAGAAGUGGACAAGCUUGAACUUAAAAGCUUCUCAGCCCUAUUUGCUCUCUGUGGAGCAGCUUGUGUGAUUGCGCUCAUUAUAUAUUUCAGUAUGAUGUGUUACCAAUUCACCAAGAAGUACACUGACAGAUUGUCGUCUUCUGGGAGCUCCACAUCUCGGCGUCUUCAGACCUUUCUGACAUUUGUUGACGAGAAGGAAGAAGUAGAAAGCCGAUCCAAACGAAGGAGCAUGGAGAGGAUGUCUAACAGAAGUGUGGGUGAAGAUGACUCGACGAACAGUUCCAAAAGAAGACAUAUAGAUCCCUCAGGUUCAAGCAGAAGUCUUGGAAAUGGUAACAAUGCCUGA